CCAGCGUCCGGGAGCCCACCUCCUCCGGCCGCGGACGUGACAGGGACGGUCAAAGUUUGCUCUCCGUGGCAGCCGAGCCGUGACCGCCCCCGUCCCGCGGGAGGGAGCGAAGGGAGGCGGCGGCGCAGACGCGGGCGCAGCGGAGGCGCGAGCAGCCGGCGCGGGAGGGCGUGGAGCCGAGCGAGCCCGAGCAGGUUCCGCGCCCGCGGCCACAGCCCGCGCUGCCGGGGACUCGGGGUUCGCGCUCCAGGACCGAGACCAGCGCGUCCUCUCCCGCUCCCAGCCAGAUCCCCGGAGAAGGGCCCAGCGGAGCCGGUGCCACAGGCGACGCAGGCCACGCCGCGGUCAGAAGGGGCGGUAAGACUGUCGUUCUUCCGGGUGUCGCCGUUCUGCCGGAGCGAUGGAGACGCCCUGGGGUGCCGGAGGCUCCGUCCUGUCUCUGAUUUGGUUCCUGCUGGCGGUCGCCGCCCCCACGGAGAUCCCUCUCUCAGUCCAACAGGUUCCCACCAUCACAAAACAGUCGAGAGUCCUGGUCGCCUUCCCCUUCGAUGAGCAUUUUCAGAUCGAGUGCGAAGCCAAAGGAAACCCGGAGCCGCAAUUCACGUGGACGAAAGAUGACAAGCCCUUUGACCUCUCCGACCCACGGGUCAUCGUCUCCAACAACUCGGGGACCUUCAGGAUCCUGAACGAGGGGCACAUAUCACACUUCCAGGGCAGGUACCGCUGCUUCGCCUCCAACAGGCUGGGCGCCGCCAUGUCGGAGGAGAUGGAGUUCAUCGUUCCUGACGUCCCCAAAUUCCCGAAAGAGAAAAUCGAGCCCCUGGAGGUGGAGGAGGGGGACCCCGUGGUGCUGCCCUGCAGACCCCCAGCGGGGCUGCCCCCCCUGCACAUUUACUGGAUGAACAUCGAACUGGAGCACAUCGAGCAGGACGAGAGGGUGUACACGAGCCAGGAGGGGGACCUGUACUUCGCCAACGUGGAGGAGCAGGACAGCCGGAGCGACUACUGCUGCUUCGCCGCCUUCCCCAGACUGAGGACCAUCGUGCAGAAGAUGCCCAUGAAGCUGACGGUCCGCAGUUUAAAGCAUAACGUCCCGGGUCCAUCCACAGAAACUGGUUCCAAGGCGAACUCCAUCAAGCAGAGAAGGCCCAGGCUGCUGCUGCCGGCCGCCGAGAAGGGCCCCGAGCACCCCGUCACCGUCCUCCGGGGGGACACGCUGCUGUUGGAGUGCUUCGCCGAAGGCCUACCGACUCCACAGAUCGAGUGGAAGAAAGUGGGAGGUGAUCUACCAAAAGGAAGGGAAACCAAAGAAAAUUACGGCAAGACCUUGAGGAUAGAGAAGGUCUCCGACGAGGACCGAGGACGUUACCACUGCACGGCCACCAACUUCCUGGGGUCGGACACGCACGACUUCCACGUCACGGUCGAAGAGCCCCCACGCUGGGUGAAGAAGCCGCAGAGCGGCGUGUACAGCACGGGGACCAGUGUCAUCCUGUUGUGCGAGGCGGAAGGAGAGCCCAAGCCCACCAUCCGUUGGAGAGUCAACGGCUUGCCCAUCGAAGAAAACCCGUUUGCGGGCGACGUCAUUUUCCCCGGGGAGGUGAGCUUCACCAACCUGCAGCCCAACCACUCGGCCGUGUACCAGUGCGAGGCCUCCAACGCGCACGGCACCGUCCUGGCCACCGCCAACGUCGACGUCAUCGAUAUCCCUCCGCUGAUACAAACGGACGACGGAGAGGACUACGCCGCCGUGGUCGGGUCCAGCGUGUCCCUGCACUGCGACUUCUUCGCUUCGCCGCAGGCGGUGGUGUCCUGGCUGAGGGUGGAGGAGCCCAGGCCCGUCGAAGGCCCGCGGUACCACGUCCAUGACAACGGCACCUUGCAGAUCAGCAGGGCCACCGAAGAGGACGCCGGCUCCUACACCUGCUGGGUGGAAAACGCCAAGGGCAAGACCGCGGUCACGGCCAGUCUGGACAUCCGAAAGGCCACGACCGUCCGGGUCUCUCCCGAGAACCCGCGCGUCCCCCGAUCACACACGCUCGAGCUGCACUGUGAGAGCCACUGCGACCCACACCUGGCGCCGAGUCUGACGCUGGCCUGGAGCAAAGAUGGGGACGCCCUGCCGGCCAAUGGCACCGAGGACGGCAGGGUGGUCCUGGACGGGGCUCGCCUGACCCUCUCCAACGUCACGCCGGAGGACCAGGGCGUGUACUCCUGCGCAGCCCGCACGGCUCUCGACAGCGUGGCCGACAGAACUCACGUGACGGUCCUGGAUGUCCCUGACCCACCAGAAAACCUGCGCUUGUCGGAGCGGCAGAACCGGAGCGUGCGGCUGGCCUGGGACUCGGGGGACAGCCACAACAGCAACGUCACUGAGUACAUCGUGGAGUUCGAAGGAGACAAGGAGGCACCCGGCAGGUGGGCGGCGCUGACCACGGUCGGCGGGGAGGGGACCUCGGUCCUGCUCCCGCUGGCUCCGUACGUGAGGUACCGAUUCAGGGUCAUCGCCGUGAACGAAGUGGGCAGGAGCCGCCCCAGCAGGCCUUCCGACCACCACGAGACGCCGCCGGCAGCUCCAGACAAGAAUCCGCGGAACAUAAGGGUCCAGGCCUCUCAGCCCAAGGAAAUGAUCAUAAAGUGGGAGCCCCUGAAGCCUGUGGAGCAGAACGGCCCGGGUCUGGAGUACCGUGUGGCCUGGCGGCCGCAGGGCACAUCCGCCGAGUGGGAGGAGGAGACGGUGCGGGAGCACAGCCUGCGAGUGAUGACGCCGGCGGUGUACGCCCCCUACGACGUGCGGGUGCAAGCCGUCAACCGCCUGGGCGCCGGCCCCGAGCCGCGGCCCGUGACCCUGUAUUCGGGCGAGGACUACCCCGACGCAGCCCCGGUGGUGCAGGGGGUAGACGUCCUGAACAGCACGCUGGUCAGAGUCACGUGGUCCUCCGUGCCCAAGGACAGAGUCCACGGACAGCUGAGAGGAUACCAGGUCACCUGGUGGCAGACCCGGAGCCUGCUGGACGGCCGGCCACUCCCCAAGGAGGCGCGCUCGCUGCGGUUCCCGGGACAGAGGGGCUCCGGCAUGCUGCCCGCGCUCCAGGCCUUCAGCGAGUUCCGCCUCACCGUCCUGGCCUACAACUCCAAGGGCGCCGGGCCCGAGAGCGAGCCGUACACCUUCCAGACGCCGGAGGGAGUUCCCGAGCAGCCUGCGUUCCUGAAGGUCCUCAAGGUCGACCGAGACUCGGCCACAGUGGCCUGGGGGCUGCCCGAGAACCUGAAUGGCAACCUGGUCGGCUUUCUGCUGCAGUACCAGACCAUAAACGACACGGAGGAGAUCGGGGAGCUGCACACCGUCAACCUCACCGCUCCGGCCACGCCCAGCUGGCGCCUGUCGGGCCUGCUCGCCAGCACCAAGUACAAGCUGUACCUGCAGGCGUGCACGGCCCGGGGCUGCGGCAAGGCCGUCACGGAGGAGACCGCCACGCUGGGGGAUGGCGGCAAAGGGACCGGGAAGAUCUCAGAAGGAGUCAAUGUCACUCAGAAGGGUCACCUGCUAGAGGCCCUCCCUGCGCCCGGAGCCGAGCCCGUGGUGCGCCUCCUGACUAAGACCUGGGUGGAUAACAAUAGCAUUUUUGAAGAUGUGGUUGAGGCGAGAGGGAGAGGUGAGGAGUGGGGUCUCGUGGGGCAGCCUCAGCCGGUCCCCGUGUCCCCAGCGGGUGACUCCCGAGGGCUCAGGGUGUGGCUUCUCUGUGCGGCAGAGUACGCUGGCUCCUACGAGGACCUCGCCACGCAGGGCUGGUUCAUCGGGCUGCUGUGCGCCGUCGCCGCCCUCACGCUCAUCCUGCUGACCGUGUGCUUCGUGAAGAGGAACCGCGGCGGGAAGUACUCAGUGAAAGAGAAGGAGGACCUGCACCCCGACCCAGAAGUGCAGUCGGGGAAGGACGAGACCUUCGGUGACUACAGCGACAGCGACGAGAAGCCGCUCCGGGGGAGUCCCCGGUCCCUGCACCGGGACACGCAGGCCACAGAGAGCGCGGACAGCCUGGUGCAGUACGGGGACGGCGACCACGGCCUGUUCAGCGAGGACGGGUCCUUCAUCGGCGCCUACGCGGGCUCCAAGGAGAAGGGCUCCGCGGAGAGCAACGGCAGCUCCACGGCCACCUUCCCGCUGCGGGCGUGACGCGCCCCGUGGGGGCGCCCGUCCCGCUGGC